UCAAAACGCACGUGUUGAACGGGAUAAACGUAUCCCAAAAGUGCUUCAUUUUCCAGGUUUCUGGAAGUUUCUACUAGGAAGUAAAAGUGUGUGAAACUUGAUGAACCAUGGGGAAGAAAAAUCUGGUGAAACUACCACUGGUGUUUAAUCGCGGUGCAAAAAAUGGGCAUGCUUCUGUGGAAGAUUUGGACGAGAACUACGAACAGGAAGAAACUACUCAAAAGGGCAAACAUAAUGUGAAGAAAGAAAAAAUGAAGAGACCCAAGAACGAGGAAGAAGACGCGGUCGAGAUUGGUAUAGGUGUAAAACGUCCCAAGCAUGACCCGGAAGAGGAAGAUGAUGAACAGGAUCAAACAUCAGAUGACACUGAUGGCGACGUAACAGAAACGAACGGACGGGAGGAAGAUGAGAAGCCUGGUGUAUCCAGCAUUGCGUACGAAAUUCUGUUGGGUGAUCGAGAGUUUAAAUCGCUCGAAGGAAAAGUUUCGGAGAACACGCUGAAGGGCAUUGCCGAGAUGGGCUUCACAAAAAUGACGGAAAUCCAGGCGAAAUCUAUUCCUCCUCUGCUUGAGGGUCACGAUCUGGUUGGUUCCGCCAAGACGGGCAGCGGUAAAACGCUAGCUUUUCUCGUGCCGGCUAUAGAGUUGAUCCACAAGCUACGUUUCAAGCCGCGCAACGGAGCAGGCGUGAUUAUAAUUUCGCCGACGCGCGAGCUGGCCAUGCAGAUUUUCGGGGUGUUGAAGGAAUUGAUGGCUCACCAUCACCAGACGUACGGAUUACUGAUGGGUGGUGCCAGCCGUCAUACGGAGAAUGAGAAACUGGAAAAAGGCAUCAACAUCAUUGUGGCCACACCGGGUCGCCUGCUGGAUCAUCUGAAAACAACGCCCAACUUUCUGUUCAAGAAUCUGCAGUGUCUGAUUAUCGAUGAGUGCGAUCGAAUUUUGGAAAUCGGAUUCGAGGAAGAUUUGAAACAGAUCAUCGGCAUUUUGCCGAAAAAGCGACAGACGAUUCUUUUUUCGGCCACACAAUCCUCUCGAAUGGACGAGCUGAGCAAGCUUGCCUUAAAAGCCGAGCCGAUUUAUGUUGGCGUGGACGAUAACAAAGCGGAAGCGACAGUAACGGGACUAGAACAGGGCUACAUCGUGUGCCCCUCGGAAAAGCGACUGCUCGUGCUGUUCACUUUCCUGAAGAAGAACCGCAAGAAGAAGGUGAUGGUGUUCUUCUCGUCUUGUUUAUCGGUCAAAUUUCACCAUGAGUUGUUUAACUACAUCGACCUUCCGGUGCAAUCGAUUCAUGGUAAACAAAAGCAAGCGAAACGAACGUCGGUAUUUUUCCAGUUCUGUAACGCAGAAUCGGGUGUUUUGCUGUGUACCGAUGUGGCCGCCCGUGGUCUUGAUAUCCCAGCGGUGGAUUGGAUUGUCCAAUACGACCCACCAAAUGAUACGAAGGAGUACAUUCAUCGCGUCGGUCGAACUGCUCGCGGUGAAAACAAUUGCGGACACGCACUGCUGAUACUGCGCCCCGAGGAGCUCGACUUUCUGAGGUAUCUGAAGCAGGCCAAGGUGUCGCUGAAUGAGUUUGAAUUUUCGUGGAGUAAAAUUGCCGAUAUUCAGCUGCAGCUGGAGAACCUGUUGUCGAAGAACUACUUCUUGAACCAAUCGGGCAAGCUGGCUCUCAAGUCGUACGUUCGGUCGUAUGAGGGCCAUCACAUGAAGGACGUGUUCAACGUGGGCAAGCUAGAUUUGCUGCAGGUGGCGAAGAAUUUUGGUUUCGCUCAGCCACCACACAUAGAUUUCGGCAAGAGCUUCAGGGCACUAACCACUGAACGUCGACCGGGCAACCGUGGAAUGGGACACUACAAGACUCUGAACAAGGAGAAGCGACCCGAAUUGCAGGUCAAGCAUAUUACCAAACGUAAGCAGUUGAAAAACAUCCAGUACGAGUAAACAGCACCUUUCAGCUUAUUUUGUCGUAAAUAAAUACAUUUUUAUUUGAGUUUCCUCCAAUGGAAACGAAA